UUAUAAGCUUACCGCAUACAAUUUUUUUACAUCCUGACAUCACGUUCGGUCUAUUCUUUCGUCCGGGUGCUUAACCAAAUCUGAUGGAUGUAAGAUCCGUCACGUAAUUCAUACAAGCGGUUACAAUUUUAUAUUGGAUACGUCUAUUGCUUGACAACAAGAGUUUGUUUCAAUAGAUUUACGAAAAAAAUGAGCGAACUCGUUUGGGGAAUAAAAAAUGGUGAUCUCGAGCAAGUUCGGGAUAUCGUUGAGAAUAAGAAUAUCGAUGUAAAUCAAAUGAUAGAUGGAAGAACACCAUUACAUUAUGCUGCAGAUUAUGGACAAUAUGAUGUAGUUAGAUAUCUUUUAGAGAAGGGUGCGGAUGCUAAUGCUACAGAUAAGCAUGGUAUAACAACAUUACUAGCUGCAAUUUGGGAAGGCCAUACUCAUUGCGUUAAGUUAUUAUUAGAAAAAGGUGCUAGACCGGAUGGAUUAACUCCCGAUGGGACAAGUUAUUUGAAUGCCGCUGAGAAAGAAGAAAUCAAACAACUUCUCAGAAUGCACUAGCAGAAAUCCAAACGUAUACAAGGCGAUAACUUUUUUUAUUCUAGUAUGUUAAUGUUCUUAAUAUAAUAUCGCGAUUGCUUUGUUUUUAAUUUCGUGCAUACUUUUAACCAUCAUAUUUAUAUAUAUACAUAUAUUUUAAAUGAAAGCUGUCAGAAAUAUGGGGGUCACAGUUUUAUAACGAUAUGUCGCACAUGAAAGAUACAUAAUCAGGGAAUUAUUUUUUAGUAGAUUUUCAAUUAUACCAAUAAGUAUAAGUUCUAAAUUUAUACUGUAUAGUAACAUCUUUUUAUGUGUUAUAUGCAUUGGAAUUAAUAUUAUUUUUCCAUUUUAACCAAAUUAUACUGUAGAGAAUAUUUUGAUACAUUCUAUAAAAUGCAUUCAUUUUAAUCUAUUUAUUAUUUGUUUAUUAAUAUCGAUCAUUCCUUUCACAUAUCUUUUACGAAGGCUGCUUUAAUCUUAUAUUUAUAAUCACUAGAAGUAAAAAAAGAAAAGAAAAAAAAAAAAACAAAAAAAAAAAAAAAAAAAAAAAAAAGAAAAAAAAGAAUUUAGUUACAAUAUAAACAUUAAGUAUUACUAAAAAUGGAAUAUGUAACAAUGUGAGUUUCCAUUUGAAUUAUUUUUUGAGAUUACUUUAUUUUCAAUCCUGGUUAAAAGUUUCUUUUUCUUAAAUAUAAACUAUGUCAAAAAAGAUUACGAAUGCGUUUGUGAAGAUCAUAUCUCAUAUAUAUU